AUGGUCAUAGUCGUAUUGACAGGGGCACCAACUCCGCUAAUGUCGAUUAUUCUCAAGAACAGUUCUUCUUUAGGUCAUGUACGACGUUCAGUGUGUCGCUUCUCGGCUUCUUCUCGUCUCGAUCAGUCCGAUGACGUCAUAGUUAAUGUUCCUGGCUUGCAUCAUAAGAUCUUCAAUGGCCGCCUUCGAGCAAGAAUAUAUUCGCUGUGUGUAAAGUUGCUCGUUCUAGUUUUUUCCAAUCAGAGAAAUCUUUCUUAUCGCUGUGUUGUGCGUAUAGUUUUAAAACUCAUGGGCAGGUAG